UAACAGUCCCCGCCCCAACAUCUCUUUACAACAAGCCAGCCGCAGCAAAAUGGCGACACGGGAUACCGGGGUUCCCCUGAUGUCUCCUGGGCAGGAUGAAGCCAACCCGGACCCCUUUGCUGCAGCCUCCCAGGACUCGCAGGAGUGCGGGCUAAAGCAGCCUGUGUGUAGUGAGGGAACAGCUGCAAGUGUGCCUGCGCUGGGCGAGCUAGAGAUAGCACAGAGACUGGAGGCAACCCGGUGGGAGCUUGGGAACCGCAGGAAGAUCCUCAUGAGGAACCUGCCGCAGGACUGCACCAGCCAGGAUAUCCAUGACUUGCUGAAAGGCUAUGAAAUUAAAUACUGCUACGUGGACAAAAAUAAAAAAACAGCCUUCAUCACGUUAUUAAAUGGAGAGCAAGCACAAAAUGUCAUUCAGAAGUUCCAUCAGUACGCACUCCGUGACAGAGACAUUUCAGUUCAACUUCAGCCUACGGAUGCUGUACUCUGUGUUACCAAUUUACCCCCGUUUUUUACAUUGCAUGACUUUGAAGAUUUAGUGAGAGCUUAUGGCAAUACUGAGAGAUGCCUGCUGGUCUACAGUGAAUUUACAGGUCAUUCCAAAGGAUAUGGAUUUGUGGAAUACAUGAAAAAAGAUUCUGCCUCUAAAGCUAGACUGGAAUUAAUUGGGAAAACGUUGGCAGAAUAUACCCUUUUUGCACAAUGGAUGGAUAGCAAUCAGCUAACCACAGAACUUAUUCACUCAAAGUGCCUGUGUGUUAAUAAGCUUCCCAAGGGCUACAAUGAUUCUAAUGAACUAACACAGCUGUUCUCUGCUUUAUACAAACCAUUGUUCUGCCAGUUGGCUGAAGAUGAAGUUGGUUGUUUUGUUGGUUUUGCAGUGGUGGAGUAUGAGACAGCUGAGCAGGCUGAGGAGGUAAGAAAGUCAAUGGAUGGUACCACUGUCAAAGGAAGCAGAAUCCAGCUGUCCUUCUGUGCCCCGGGCUCUCCAGGCAGAAGCACUUUAGCAGCUCUUAUAGCAGCACAAGGAAUGCUGCAGAAUAAUAGGAAAGGAUUGCUUCCAGAACCAAACCCAGUACAAAUAAUGCAAAGUUUUAGUAACCCAGCAAUGUUACAGAUGCUGUUGCAACCCCAGCAAAGAGGAAGACCGGGAAAGCAUGGUUCAACAUCAGGACGGCCUCACUUUGUGAAUCCGACAGUAAGCCAAGCCUUACUACAACUCAACAAACUGCAUCAGACACAAGGUAUGGGAGGUAAUUCCCUGCUUCAAAACUUCUCACAUCUACAAAUGGCACAGAAGCAACUUUUGCAGCUAAAAAGUGCUCAGUCGAAUAAUUGUAAACCUGGCCUUCUCGGAGAAGCUCCAGUCUCCGUGUUACAGACAGGAAUGGGCCCAUCACAGCCAGGAUCAGUGGAGGCUUCGCAACAAGAUGGGCAGAAAAGCAUGAUGCCUUUCUACCACAAUCCGCACAUGAGUUCAGUUCUGUCCCGUCUGACACAGGAUAAACAGCCGACAUCUAUAGCUUUGCUGGAAGGGGCAGGAUCUCAGCCUUAUUUACAGCAGUCUGGAUCAGUGCUUACAGGGCCGAAUCAGCCACAAAACCAGCCUGCUAGCUCUGGGUCACCACUCUUGAAUAAAUCCAGUAAUCAGACCUCACUUCUGGGUGAGCCUCCAAGAGAUAUCAGACUGAGUACAAAUCCAUAUCUAAAUCUGGCAAGUGUGUUGGCUGGUUCCUCAAUAGCAGGCAUGGGCUUACGGAACAUUCAGCAACAUAAUAUGAAUAGAUCAACCACUCAGGAAUCGGCAUCACAGCCUGGGUUGGAAAGUUAUUUUGGCUACAGUCAGCAAUAUGGAGAUUAUUCACAGGAAGCCCUGCAGCAGUGGUACGAUCAAUAUUCUGCUUACAGCAGCAGUCAAGUGGAGCAGUCCCAUAGUGAAGAGCAAGCUGAGCAGCAAAACUCAUAUACAACUGGAGUUGAAGGAGAGAAUUACUAUUAUCAGUCGUCUUCUGGUUUGGCGUAUGGAAAUUAUAGUGCAUAUGUCCAAGCACCACCAACAUACUACUCCAGUGCCCAGAUGACCUACCAGGCGGAGAGUACAGCGCCAUCUAAUAAGGCAUCAACUAAAGAAAAGAGAGCGUAUAUUUUAUCUGCUACAGAGGCCAGCCCAGCAGGAUACAUGAAUCCGUUAACAGAAGGUUCGGGAGAGCACUAUGGCGAUUCAUACUUUAAAAGGAAGAAAGUUUAUUAAUUGUGUGAACUAUACAAGUCCCUUCUGCUUCCAUCAUCACAUACCCAAAGAUGCACAAUGCAGUUCAUCUUCUUCUAAGCCUUUUAGCAGGGAACUAAAGGGUUACAUUCAACUUCUCAGGCUGAAUUGUUUAUUAUAAAUGGUAAAAAUCUUAAGAUUUGUAGAUAUUUUCUACACCGGAAUAUGUCUUGGUAAAUAACAUAUUUGAUAAUAUAAUAAUAUUGCUAUUGCCUGCAAAAAAAAGUUAAUUUGUAAAUAUUAAGCAAUAAAGUUAAUAGUAAAGAUUUACUUUUACAAGUGACUUCAAAUGGCCUGUGUUUGCCUACAAGCUGAUGCACUGAUGGACACCUCUGUAUUAGCCACUAGAGCCGGCAACAUCUUCCAACUGUGACUGUGUCUCCAAUGGCAUGCUUUCCAAAAACUUCCUUACCUCCUGUAGUUUUUGAGCAAUAAAAAAAUAAAACCUUGUUGAAAUCUG